CUCUGUAUUUAUUACAGUGCAGUAAUUGCUUACAAUCGCUACUGUGCUGUCGGCAACUUGCGUUGACAUACAUCCUAAACCUUUGCCCGGCGACCUUAGAAGACGACACCUAAGUUCCAUAAGGCAUAGGUUCGGCUCCGACGGUUGCAGCAGCCAGCACAGCCGCACAGCACAGCACUCGCACAGCAGCCUGUAGCAUUCGAGAGUGCGAACGUUCACCAAAACUGCGACAAGAAUGGUGUCUAUGACAAUUAACAACACUCUCAACGAUGUGGAGCACACGCCGCCCAUUCACAAGCGGGUCCUGGACAUCUUGCCAGGCGUUUCGGGUGGCGUUGCACGCGUAAUGAUUGGUCAACCAUUCGACACCAUCAAGGUCCGGCUCCAAGUGCUCGGCAAGGGUACGGCAAUGGCGGCCAAGCUACCCCCCUCGGAGGUGUACAGCAACUCCAUGGAUUGCGUGCGUAAGAUGGUCCGCAACGAAGGCCCUCUGUCGUUCUACAAGGGCACCGUUGCGCCACUGGUGGGCAAUAUGGUGCUGCUGGGCAUCCAUUUCCCGACCUUCUCAACCGUGCGCAAGGCGCUGGAGGGCGACGACCACUACUCCAACUUUUCUUACGCUAACACGCUGCUCUCGGG